AUGAGCGACACUGGAUACAGUCGUGGAGGCGGCGGCGGAAGCGGUGGUGGUGGAUAUGGACGCGGUGGAGGCGGCGGCGGACGUGGGCGCGGAGGCGGCGGUUGGAGAGGAAGGGGCGGCGGCGGUAGGGGAGGAGGAGGCAGAGGUGGAGGGCGUGGUGGAGAGGGCGGCGGUGAGGCAUCUGCGGAUGACAAUCACGACGACUCAGCACCCCGCGCAGGCUCCACCGGAACCCACCAGGAGCUCGAUAGCUUCCUCAAGCAAAUCGACGGAGCGAACUACGGCCGAUACAAAAACCUCCGGAGCCACUACAGAUGGACGGAAGGUCUUCCGAUAGAGCUGUUCGUCGACCACGUCCAGGGAGAUCCGUAUGCUGCUCCGUCCAGGUUUCGUGCCCGGCUUCCCAUGAGCGCAACUGGAAUUCCCAUGGAGGUAUAUGGAAACAGCGCUCGUGUCAUUGCAUUCACGGACUACGUGAACCGUCAGAUCGUCUCGCUCGUAAAACAGUGGCGUCUGGACAUCGCGGGGUCUUCCGGAGGCUACCACGGACCGAAAGGUGGAGAUUUCGACAUCUACAAGCCCAGACAGCAGAUCCUCGAGCGCUCCAGCUGCGUCCUUCUCGGUCUCGAUGCGGAAGCUGAGGGAGACGGAGGUUAUCCAUGCCUUGAAAUCAGAUUUUCCGUUACUCUACCAGCCCACGGCCGAAGCAUCAAUGGCACCAAAGUCCACGAGCUUUUGAUUACUCACUUACCGCAGAUCAUCGAUAAGGGGUUCCUGUGGAGCAACCAAGACGAGCAGAAGGUGUGGAAACAUCUGAGGACCGCCGAGCUACAGGACGCACUCCGGAAUAGUCUUGCGGAGAAGGGAUUACUGGCGUUUGUGGGCAACGGUUCAGUCCUCCCCCGAGCCAGUGGUGCCGCUCCUGGUCCGAUGACAGAAGGCGUCGUGGAGUUCCAGAGCCCCAAGAGCCUGGAAGUCACCAUCGACACCUCGAUCCUGUCCGAAGACGGCACUCCAAUCUCUGUCACGGGUAUGGGUAUCCCGCGUGGAAUAGUGGUCAUCACCGGUGGAGGCUUCCACGGAAAGUCCACACUCCUCGAAGCGAUACAGUUCGGAAUCUACAACGUGAUCCCCGGUGAUGGACGGGAGCUGGUAGUCAUCGAGCACAACGCGUACAAAGUCCGCGCCGAAGACGGCCGGAACGUCGUAUGCACUGACAUCACCCCCUUCAUCAGCGAGCUUCCCGGCGGAAAAUCCACCUCAUCCUUCUCCUCUCAGGACGCAUCCGGCAGCACUUCGAUGGCAGCCAACAUCCAGGAGGCCCUCGAAGUUGGUGCGACCACUUUGAUCAUCGACGAAGACACCUCCGCCACGAACUUCCUCAUCCGCGACCACAAGAUGCACGAGCUAGUCCGGAGCGAACCCAUUACGCCCCUCGUCUCCAAGGUAUCCGCACUAUUCACCGAGCACGCCGUCAGCACCGUCAUCGUCGUCGGCGGCUGCGGCGACUACCUCAGCCCCGCAACGACCGUGAUCGGCAUGGAAUCCUACCUCCCCCAAGACUGGACGUCUCGCGCGCGCGCCAUCUCGGAGAAAUACCCCAACGCCGCGCCGACCGCGCCGACCUACGGCGCGAUCCCCUGCCGCACCCUGACCAUUCCCUCCGGAGCCCUUGGCGACCGACAGCCGAUCCCCAAGGGCGUCGACAAGAUCGUGAUCCGUGCUGGCCGCAACGACGACGACGCUGAACUCGACACCUCGGCACUCGAGCAGUUCGUCGAGGAGGGCCAGACCACGCUCGCCGUCCACGCCCUGCAGUCCAUACAGAGGAACUCCGCCGGUCUUACCGCACAGGCUUGGGCCAACAUGUUUGCCGAGCGCCGUGUCAACAUCUCGCGUGACCCCAUGCCGAGAGGAAAUAUCGCGGCCGCGAGACCGCUCGAGUUGCUGGCGGUCGUCAAUAGACUGAGGGGAUUGCAGGUGCGAAAGGUCAGUUGA